AUUAUAAAAAACUAUUAAUAAGGGUACUUAUGUCUUAUUAUGUUUAAUUAAGGGGGUUUCACUAAUUAAGUUUGGGAUGUGGGUUUGUGCAAAAGUCUUAAAAGUCAAUUGGGUUUUACUCAUAAUAUUUUCCAUUUGAGGGGGUAUUGCAUAUUUCCCCUAAAAAUAAUCUUUCCCCAAAUUCCCCAAACGUUGCCCCCGUCGCCUUCUCUCUUCAACUGCCUGAAAUUACUGUGUUUUGCUUCACUGAAUCUUAAAGCUCAAAGCUGAGAAGCAAUGGCGGAUGAAACCUCUAAACACCCUAAAAGAGAAUCCAUAAAAUCUUCAGUAGGAAGUAUAGCCGGGCAGAGGAGACGGGAGAAGGCAGUUAUGGUAGGAAAACAAAGAAGAGAAUUAUUGAUGCGGACCAAACGUCUAUGCAGAGUGGGAGUUAGCAGUGACAGUGCGAAUGUUGAUGCUGACGAUGAUGACAUGAUGAUGGAUGGAGAACAAUCGAUUUUGGAGGAUCAGACUUUAAAAGCUGUCCAAGAAUUAAAGAAUGCCGUUAGCUAUCAGGGGAAAGGAGCCAUGCAGAAAAGAGUUAACGCUCUUCGUGAGCUAAGAAGGCUGUUGUCAAAAUCGGAAUAUCCUCCUGUUGAAGUGGCCCUCACGGCUGGAGCAAUGUCUACUCUCGUUCAGUGUCUUUCAUUUGGUUCACCUGAUGAGCAGUUACUUGAGGCAGCUUGGUGUCUUACAAAUAUAGCAGCUGGAAAACCGGAAGAAACUAAAGCAUUAUCGCCUGCUUUACCAUUAUUGAUUGCUCACAUGGGAGAAAAGAGUUCGCUGCCUGUUGCAGAGCAAUGUGCAUGGGCAUUGGGAAAUGUUGCCGGUGAAGGAGAGGAUCUGAGAAAUAUUCUGCUAUCCCAAGGAGCUUUACAACCUCUUGCAAGGAUGAUUCUACCGAAUAAGGGCUCAACUGUGAGAACAGCUGCUUGGGCAUUAUCAAACUUAAUUAAGGGACCAGAAUCAAAAGCUGCUACAGAACUAAUAAGAAUUGAUGGAGUUUUGGAUGCAAUUCUUCGACACUUGAAGAAAGGGGAUGAAGAUUUGGCGACUGAAUUGGCGUGGGUGGUUGUGUAUCUCACUGCCCUUUCAAACGUUGCUACAAAUAUGCUAGCAAAGAGUGAUGUGGUGCAAAUACUUGUAGAGAGACUGGCAUCAUCACAUAGCUUGCAACUGCUUAUCCCGUUGCUACGGAGUUUAGGUAAUCUCGUAGCUGGUGAUUCGCAUGUAACUAGUCAUAUCCUUGUCCCUGGAAAUGAGAUCACAGUAAAUGCAAUUCAAGCCAUGAUCAAAUGUUUGGAAAGCGAGCACCGUGUCUUAAAAAAGGAAUCUUCAUGGGUGCUGUCUAACAUAGCUGCUGGUUCAAUCGAGCAUAAAAAAAUGAUAUAUUCAAGUGAAGUAGUGUCGUUACUGGUUCGGUUGUUGUCAACCGCACCAUUCGACAUAAGAAAGGAAGUGGCUUAUGUUCUUGGUAAUCUCUGUGUGGCCCCCGCAGAAGGAUCCGGAAGACCAACUCUGAUCACCGAGCACUUGAUUUCUCUCGUUGGCAAAGGAUGCCUCGCUGGCUUUGUUGACUUGGUCAGAUCUAUAGAUACCGAGGCUGCAAGAGUGGGCCUUCAAUUCAUUGAGCUGGUUCUAAGGGGAAUGCCAAACGGAGAGGGAGUGAAGCUUGUAGAGGCUGAGGAUGGAAUUGAUGCGAUGGAAAGAUUCCAAUUUCAUGAAAAUGAAGAACUAAGAACCAUGGCCAAUGAAUUGGUGGACGUAUACUUUGGGGUGAACUACAGGCUUGAUUCGUAGAAAUAGUACGGACAUGGCAGAACGAUGUGUGCGACUUUGAACAGUGAUUAUCUUGAAAUAAGCUAGAAAUAUACGAUUUUGGUUAUUUUCCCCUUUGACAACUGGCAUAUGUUUUAGUGAUUUUGCAUUCAGAUU